AUGGAACAAUACGACGCUGCAGUUGUUGGACUUGGUGUCUUAGGAAGCGGAGCAGCUUACUACGCCGCUCAAAAGGGCGCCAGGGUUAUCGGAUUUGAACAAUUCGAGCUCGGCCAUGUUCGAGGAGCUUCCCACGAUACUUCUCGCAUUGUCCGGACUUCAAAUUUUGCACAGGAAUAUGUUGCGCUGGCCAAGUCUGCGUAUAAGGAUUGGGCCGAGCUCGAGAACGUCACAGGUUAUAAGAUGUUAACAACGACCGGCGGCGUAGUAUUCUUCCCCCAUGACUCUCCCACUCCAUACAGUGAUUUCACGAAAAGCCUCGACGCCCAAAACAUCCCCUAUGAAACACUCGAUUCGCAAGAGGUGAAGAAGCGUUGGCCUCAAUUUAAUAUUGCCGACAAUGUGACUACGGUCUUCACGGCAGACUCGGCCAUUGCUCAUGCUGCGAAAACCGUCAGUACUCUUCAGUCUUUGGCACGAUCUCACGGUGCAGUUCUGAAAGAUAACUGCCCUGUCAAUCGUAUCACACCACAAAGCUCCGGUGGUGUUAUUAUCGAGACACCGAAGGGACGGUUCCAAGCCGGCAAGGUAAUCCUUGCUACAGAUGCAUGGAUCAACAAGCUUCUCGCGCCUUUGAAUACGCAUAUUCCAGUAUCUGUGAUGCAGGAGCAAGUAACAUACUACAAACCAAGCGAUCCAUCCGCCUUUGAAACCGAUAAGCUUCCGAAUUGGAUCUGGAUGGGUGGACAGUGUUACUACGGUUUCCCAAGCUAUGGCGAGCCGACUCUCAAGGCUGGACGUGACCUUUCCAACAAUUUCAUGACGCCCGAAGAACGUACCUUUGUCCAUUCGCCGCAAUUGUUGAAUCAACUGACAUCAUUCAUGGAUGGCUUCAUCCCUGAUAAAGAACGCCAGCCUCUUCGCACUAUCACCUGUCAAUACACUAUUACACCUGAUCGCCAAUUUAUCAUCAGUCCUUUGGAUAAUAAUCCCGAUAUUAUCAUUGGCUUGGGUGCUGCCCAUGCUUUCAAAUUUGCCCCCGCCUUCGGACGUGUGCUGGCAGAGCUAGCGGUCGAUGGUCGAACCAAUGAAGAUAUCUCGAAAUUCGGCAUUCCCAAGGCGGCCACUUUGACUAGCAAGCUAUAA